CUGACUUCCGGUCGAUGCACCGUUGGCUGGAGAACGAUAAUUUUCCCGGAGUUUUGGAAGGAUAAACAAGACCGUCGUGUGGCCAAUGCGCAGAGGAAAUAUAGCCCUGAGUUUGUUGAAAGUGUUUUUGCUUCAUGCUUAUAUUUUCAGAUUCAACCAGUUACCUAUUAGAUGACCACUGGUUUUUAGCACAAUGUGUAUUUAUGAAGAAGCUUUAAAGAUACACAGCAAACAAAAUAUUUGCUGGGGAUCUAUAGGGCAUUGCGCUUUACUUCAUAAUGUUUUAUUUCACUUACGAAAGAUGUGGAAUGCAUUGGACAAUUAUAUUCAUCUUCGAAUAUAUUUUGUCAUCAUUUGCAUCUGCAGCAUCUGUCCCAUAAUACUUUAUAGUUUACUAACUGCACAUCGCUUUAUAAACUUACAAACAGAAUUAUCACGUGAAAGGUUACCAAAGUCUUAAAUCUACCAUAUUGUUCUAAAUAUUGUGCAUUUAAAAAUUAAGAACUGCAUUAAUUCGCAUUGUAACGACCAUUAAUCCGUAUUGCAUCUAAGCAUGAUAUUCACAGUACAAAAAUUACUAGUAGUUAUAAUCAUUGUUGUUAUUACUGUAAAACCAUAAUAAAUUAAUACAUACUUUUCUUCAAACAGUAAGAAAUAAGAAAGCAUAUAGAAAUCAAUCUUUCUGAUGUGUCUGAGAAAAAAAAGAGAAAAGAAAUGGAAAGAAAAGUUAAGUUAAUUUAAUUAAAAAUGAGCACAGCCCAAUAACAAUCAUUCAUCAAGAAUGAGUAGAGUUUGUUUUUGGCUACAGGCAUUGAGAGGGACAAAGGCUCUGGGAACAUGAGAGACUCCAUCCACAGCGUGCUGAGAUCAGUGCCACGAGGGCUGACCCUGGGUCCUUCUCUGGCUGAAGAUGGACAGCUGGGUCUGUGGUGUGUUGGGCGAGUGCUAGAGAAAGGCACUCUGCUAGGUCUGGAGGAACCUGACAAAAUAAACAGGAAGGAAAAAGCUGAGGGGAUUCAACAUACAUGCCAAAAUGUGUUCAAAAAUGAAAUCUCAGGUGAAAUCUACUGGAUGAGGUUUGCCUGCAGUGCUCAAAGUGAGGAAGAGUGCAAUGUAAGUGUGCUCGAGGUGGAUGGGAAAUUAGGCCUCAGGGUCUGUCGGGACAUUCAACCAGGAACAGAACUGCUCCUCUGGAAAGAACAAGAAGCCCCUCUUGAAAAAGAAGUCAUGCAACUAAAAGUCUGUGAAAAUAGUAGUACUCCAAACAGACAACAAGAAGAUGCCUUAGAAGCCAUCACUUCAGAUCACCUCUCAGGCUGUGCAGAUCCUGUUCAAAGUGCCACACAAGAGGAUACAAAACUUCCAAUCAAGGAGAAAAAUCUUGUGCAGGAGUCUAGAGCAUGUAAUUCCAGUGUCCUGGAGCAGAAUGGGGUAGAUGAGGCACAAGGUGAAGGUCAGCAAAGUGAUGAACAUCCUGCUAUAGAUAAGAUUCAGAGCAUCAGUGAUAGUACAUCACAAGCCCAGAGUUCAUCAGAACAUCUGAAGCCAGAGAGAAGCCUGAGAGCCAGCUCUCGUCUUGCUGCUAAACCUCGAAAAGUGCACUCGUCAACCAUCCGUAUCUACAAACGACAAGAUCCAAAAAACAGGGCAGACCUCAGCAGCAAGAAGAAGCUCUCGGAUAACAAAGACAACACAACGCAGAUGUUGUAUACUAAUGAGGAUGCCAGCGCAGAGCAAAAUGAGCAGGAUUUUCCUCAUUUUGUUAUCCGAGAGAGGAAGUACAAAUGCGACGAGUGUGACAAGAGCUUCUUUCAGCUGUGCCAUCUGAAGAAACACAAAUUCACACAUCAAAAUCAGAAGCCUUACAUGUGCACAGAGUGUGGUAAAACAUACAGUUCGCAGGAGAGCUUCCAAGCCCACCUGCUGAUGCAUCGCGGUCAGAGGCCCUUUCAAUGCCAGCACUGUGAUAAAAGCUACGGCUUGAAACGGGACCUCAAGGAGCACCAGGUUCUUCACUCAGGCGAGAAACCGUUCGUCUGUGACAUCUGUGGAAAAGCUUUCGCUCGCCGGCCCUCGCUACGUGUCCACAGGGAAGUCCAUCGGACGAAAGAACCAGACUACCAGGCUCCCAAAAUCAAGUGUCCAGAGUGUAAUAAAGAACUGGCCAAUUCUGGUUCUUUGAGGAACCACAUGCGUCUGCACACUGGAGAACGGCCGUACGUUUGCCAGCACUGUAACAAGAGCUUUCGCCAACGUGGCAAUCUGCUGGGACACAUGCGCAUCCACACGGGAGAGAAACCCUACAAGUGUGACCAUUGUGAACUGCACUUUUCCCAAGUUCCUGAACUGCGCCGGCAUCUGAUUUCACACACAGGUGAGGUGUAUUUGUGUCCUGUGUGUGGUAAGGCUCUACGGGACCCUCACACAUUGCGGGCCCACGAACGACUGCAUACAGGAGACAGGCCCUAUAAAUGCGAACAAUGUGGCAAAGGGUACACGAUGGCAACCAAGCUACGGCGCCACAUGAAGUCUCACCUAGAGGAGAAGCCACAUGUUUGCCAGGUGUGCGGAGCCAAAUACACAAUGAUGCAGAGUUUACAGCGGCAUCUGCAGUCUCACAAACAUCAGUCAGACUCUGGGCAUGAAUUGCCGACACGAGGUCGACCCAAAAAGUCGGGCCAGAAGGCAGAGGAUGAGCAGGGUAGGACUGAAUUCAGUAGUUUGGAGGAGGGACAGGCUGUGGCGUACGUUCAAGCCUCAGAAGACUUCACUAUGGUGUCUCACACAGAAGGUGUCUUUUUGGACUCUGGAGUGUAUCACCAUGGCACAAUUGUUUUGGAAAAAGGAGUGGAGAAGGGGCUCGAACGCAUUGAGCUCAGUGAGGAUAUGAUUGAGAUUAUUGUCUCAGAUGAAAAUACCAAGUGUAUAGUAGUGCAAGAACAGCCUUCUAAGUGUAUAGAGCUUCAGGAACAGGAAGCAAAUGCUAAAUGCCUAGUUGUGCAGGAAAAUGAUGGCAGCAGUGGCUGUUUUGUAGUUCCAGAACAGGAUGCUAAUAGUUGUUUGGUCAUUUUACAAGGUCCGGAUGGUUUAAGUUCAGUGGCACAGACUGUAGAAAUAGAGACAGGGCUGUGACACUUAAGUGUUUCCAUUUCACAUAUAUUCUCCUCAUAUUAUGUCUCACACCAAAGGAAAACAACCUUUGUGAAAUAAAUGUAUAAGCUCUGUUGAA